AUGUCCAUCCCAUCCGCGCCGUGGUCGUCGUGGCUACCGAACGUUCCGUCGGGAUCCGACUUCGUCCUUCGCAACGCGCACGUCCCCGCGUGCUGCGUGCACGGCGCGGGAGACCUCGCGAUAGAUCACGACGGUCUGAGCUUCGUGGACAUUGAGAUCCGCACUGGUAAAGUCUCGUCCGUGACCCCGGCUUCGAGCUCAUCGUCGAUCUCGUCGAGCACCCUUCCCCAGGUCGACGUCGACGGCGGGAUGGUGUUCCCCACGUUCGUUGACCUGCACACGCACAUCGACAAAGGACACACGUGCGAGAGGAGCAGGAACCAGUCAGGCUCGCUCGCCGGAGCGGACGACUCGUGCGCGAAGGAUGAGCGACACUGGACGAAGGAGGACGUGUACACGCGCAUGGAGUUUAGCUUGAAGUGCGCGUACGCGCACGGGACGUCGGCGAUUCGCACGCAUCUCAUGAGCAACGCGACGCAAGGGGCGCUGGUGUGGCCGGUGUUCAAAGAGUUAAGGGAGAAGUGGAAGGGACGGAUAGAACUGCAAGGGGUCGCCUUGACGAUUUUACGAUUCUUCCGCGACGAGACCGAGGCCGCGAAGCUGGCGGACUUGGUGAAAAAAAACGGCGGCAUCCUCGGCGCGGCGGUGUCGUGCACGGAUCGCGGCGGAUACGCGGACGACGUGUACACGACGUGUUUGGAUGACAUGGACGCGCUCCUGGACACGGUCUUUCGGCUCGCGAAGGAACGUGACCUCGAUCUCGACUUUCACGUGGACGAGAACGGGAACGAGGCGUCGAAGGGUUUGCUUCACAUCGCGCGAGCGUCCGCUAGGAACGCGUUCACCGGACGAGUCGUGUGCGGGCACUGUUGUUCCCUCGCCGCGCAAUCCCCGGGGGAGCUGCACAAGAUAUGCCUGGAGGCGAAAAAGGCGAACAUUACCGUCGUCUCGCUCCCGAUCGUGAACCAGUGGCUGCAGAACCGAGACGUUCGCGGAAUUUCAACCCCGACUCGACGAGGCGUGACGACGAUGAAGGAGCUCGACGACGCCGGCGUCUCCGUGUGCCUCGCGAGCGACAACACGCGGGAUCAGUUUUACGGGUACGGCGACCUGGACAUGCUCGAAAUCUUCGGCCAGGGGUGCAAAAUCGGGCACUUAGAUAGACCUAUAUCGCACUGGCCGCUCUCUGUGACUUCGAGGCCGGCGAACGUGAUGGGUUUGGGCGACGCGCACGGCCGCGUCGUCGUCGGCGGCGUCGCGAACUUGGUCGUUUUUCGCGGGAGGCGGUACAGCGAAAUACUCUCGCGGCCGCAGCACGAUCGGCUAGUGCUCAGGGACGGGCGGCCGUUGCCGUGCGGAGUACCGGAUUAUAGAGAACUAGACGAUAUGUGCGCGAACGGGAUGGUAGGUAGCGGCGGCGUGAAGCGAGGGCGCGGUGGCGCGUGA